AUGAGCCUCGCGUGGCCUGCGGAGGAGAGGAAGCUGUACUACAUCUCCGGGUCCCCGUACGCGCUGCGCGCCCAGCUCGCGCUCACGGAGAAGGGCAUCCCGUUCACCGCGGUGCUGCUCGACGCCACCAACGGCGGGCUCGGCGGCGACCUGGUGCGGCGCGUCAACCCGCGCGGCCAGAGCCCGUCGUUCGCGGACGGCCCCGACGUGCGCGUGCACGAGUCGCUGGCCAUCCUGCACUACCUGGAGGCCGUGUACACCGACGCCGCGCCGCUCAUGCCGCCGCCCUCGGACCCCGCCGCGCGCGCCCGCGUCCUGCAGCGCAUGCACGAGAGCGACGCGCUGAUGGUCCCGGUGCUCGCGUGCCUGUACAGCGUCUUCGGGAACCCCCCCCUGUACCCGAAGCUGGACCUGGACACGGACGACGGGGCGCGGCGCCUGCGGGACCUGAACCGGCGGGUCGCGGCGGAGCUGCUCGCGUGGGAGGGCCACCUCGCCGCGGGCGCGGGCACCGCCGCGGGGGGCGGGUUCACCGCGGCCGACUGCGCGCUGGCGCCCGCCUACCUGCACCUGUGGCGCCUGGGCGGCGAGGCGCUGUUCGCCAGCCUGCCGCAGGGGAAGAGGUACGUGGAGAUGCUGCUCGAGCGCCCCAGCGUGCGGGCGAACUGGCCCCCGCACUGGCAGCGCGGUCCCGCGCGCCCGCCCUUCUCGACGGUGCACGACGACCUGGUCGACCUCACGCGCAACGCAGAGGACCGGCAGCGGGCGCCGCCCCCGGGCUGA